CCGGAAGUUAUGUGACUGCGUAAAUGUGACUUGCUCAUUAAUCAGGUUUCGUUUAAAAAAUAUUUUUCCACGAUCCUGUUAGAAUUGUUUCAAUGGCUGUGCAUGGUUUUCGUCUCACAUUAAUGUAUACAAAUAUACUGAUUGAAAUAAAUUAAGAUAUUGACAGCCCAAUGGCAAAACAAUGACCUCUUACCAAAAUAUACUGAGAGAGAAGGAAGCUCGGAACUGGGUUAAGGCCGCCCUCGCCCUCAAGAUCACCAAGGAUGGAAUACAAGAUUUUGUGGAGGACGUGCUGACAUGCGUGCAUCAGGAUAUCUAUAAUACCGUCAGAUCAUCCAGGGGUCUUAAAGCUGGGGCAAUAUGCGCACAAUGUUUCACAGAGAACGUGUUGCAGUGCCCUACCCGAGGGAUAUGCACCAGUCCAAGAAACUGUAGGUUUCAUAAGGACCUGACAAAAAUUUACGCUCCUUGUCCAAAUGGGAUUUGUGGAGGUGUUCAUGAUGAAAUUAUUCAACACCACAGAUAUACGAGUCCAUCUUGGAAGAACACAAACGCCGACAAAUGGUAUUCCAGCCCUUGGGAGAUCGGCAAAUGUUUCCUCCCUCCUGAUGGCUACAAGACCGUGUCAUCCGUCAGAGACAGUGACUUCAAUGGUGUGAUUAGCGUCAUGAUAAAUUGUUAUGAUUUUCAGAAGAAGUUGUCCUUCAACAUUGGAGCAAAGACAAAUUUACUGUCAGAGGUUCGGGACAUAGGGCGACUCGUCCACCACGCCCAUGAUCAGAAGAUCACGGACAUAGAGCUAGUGGACAUCCUUUUCAAGCUUCGGACUCUACUAGAGGACCAGACUGAACUAGCGAUCCGACCAAAGGCACAGCUUGUCGUGGAACAACUUAAACAGCUGCAGUCAGACGAGUUCAGGAUCAACUAUGAUGAUGAACGGGGGAUGCUCAAGGAAGGCUUACGAUUACGGUUGAUGGACCACUACCGAACCACUUUUGGGAACAUGCCGAUAUCUCCAAUCCUGACGGAAAAGGAUGCAAAACUCAGCAGAUUUUACGUGCCCCCCAAAAUUGUGGAGAAAAAUCAUAGGAAAAUAGGCAGCAUAGACAAAGUAGAACCCAGUCAAGAAGUAGCAACAUUUUCGGAUGUGUUUUGCCAUGAAAGUCAACUCUGCCGGAACGUUUUCCUUGUUGGUGAACCCGGCAAAGGAAAGUCAACAUUCUCCGCAAUGUGUGCUCUUGAAUGGACAAACCAGUAUUCACAUCAAGAGAAAAUAAUUGAACAUAAAGCUUGCUUUGCUGAUGCAGAAUUCUUCAGAGAGUUUGAUUUUUUGUUUCAUGUAACUCUACGAGAUUCAGGUCAGAGUUGCAAUCUUACAGAAAUGGUCCAAGAUCAAGUUAUAAGUAAAAUCUACAACUCGCAUGAUGCAGAAUAUGUCUACCGCAUAUUGCAGACGGUGCUGGAGAGUGAAAAAUGUUUAAUCAUACUUGACGGCCUUGACGAAUGGAAUCAUCCUGAAACCGUUAACUGUACAUGCAGAGCGGAAGGGAGUUUUAUCCCUUCCCAAAUUUCUGCCAACAGGGCCACAGUCCUCACGACAACGCGUCCAUGGCGACUCUCACAGUUUAGGGUGAAGGAUUCAAAGAUCGACAAGUAUCUUGAAAUAGAAGGGGCAAAUGAACCAGAAGAAAUUGUGAAAAAUGUUGUCACCAUCCUUAAUGAGGAGAAUGAAGUUGAACGGGAUCCAGAGGACUUCAUGAAAAUGAUACGCGUGAACGGUCUUCAAGAUUUAUUGGCAACACCUAUCGUUACCACCCAACUUGUUUGCCUGUGGUUUGAGGGUGUAUCUCUUACUGAAUCAAAGUGUAACAUUUAUGCUGGAUUGAUAAACAUGCUAUCAUGUAGACAUAGGUAUAUCAGAGAGAAGGUUCCUGAAAUUGAACUUCCAUCUGUGUUCAAGAAUCAUGAAUGCUUCAGGUACAAUCCAUUGGUUUACCUUGCGCUGGCAAAGUUGGCAUACACAACUUUGUUUUCAGGAGGUCGAGAAACGUCUGUUGUUUUCAGCAGCAGUUUGGUCAACCAAGUAUUAGCCAAGGGGCAGAUUGAAUAUGCAUUGAAGUCAGGCUUACUCACAGAGAAGAAAUCCAAUUCACUAGUGAAGAGAACAUCCCAUUUUUCAUUCUUACAUAAAACAGUUCAAGAGUUUUUGUCUGCCCUUCAUUUUUGUUUGAAUGAAAACGACUACAAUCAGUUACUAAGCAAGUACACAACAGAAAACAAGCAAACUGUCUUGGGAGAUGUUUCUCAAGUAUUUGUUUUCAUAUGUGGAAUGAAGCCCGAGCUCGCUGUUCAAAUGUCUUCAUGGAUCAAUAGUUCCAUACCUCAAACACCAUUCCAUUCUGAAUCGUGGUUUUACGACGACAAUGACGCCCAGUACGAUCUUGAUAACGAAGCCAGACUAGAACACCGUCGUUUGAUCGUCUCUGGCUUAGAUGAAGCCCGUGCCAACAACUUCGGCGACAUUCCGCUCACUCUCACACACUUCUCUGUGAUUUCCGGUUGGGAUGUCCGUACAUUGAACUAUUUGAUGGACGCAAACAAGAACCAUGUUCAGUCGCUUACCAUCUUCGGAUGCAAUGACAUGGUGAGUGAGCAGGAGCUGCAGAAUGUGUUCAGCUUCUCAGGCGAAUCCCUCACAAAUGUUGCCCUGGGGUAUCGUGAUGGGCAGUACGACCUGUCCAAGUGCCACAAGCUGGAAUAUCUAGAUAUAGACGGAGAAACUACUACACAUGUUCUGGUUGAUACAAGAAAUAUCAAAACGUGUAUGUUGCACUUAGUUUCAUCGGAUGUUGAAUCAUACUUACUUAGUUCUUUUGAACACGAUAGAAAGGAGAGUAAACUACAAGAACUUAUUUUGGGUGAUGUUAAGAAUACCCAGCUACUGUGUGCUACACUUCCAAGUCUGUCUCAGUUAAAACGAAUUCAUAUAGAAACGACAGAUCUCGGUGAGCUUCAGCUGCUCCCUCCGGCCUCCAUCACCAGAAUUGAUUUGCAUGCUGUGACGAUGACAGCGGAGUCGGUGAGAAGGCUGGUGAUGCGAGUUGAGAACAUACCGCACACAGUGAAAUGCUGUAUGAUUUGCUGCACGGUGGAACCAGCCAGUGAAUUUGAACAAAUAAGGAAGUAUGUGGAUAGUUCGCCAGCAUUCAAAAGAGACGGAACUCAUCCUUUUCAAUUCACCAAAAUGUAAAUUAAGAUCCUGAUCAAUUUUAGAAUUCAGAUUGGUCUGGAUAUGUUCAUUGAAAGAUAAAGAUAAGACGAGACACAGUGAAACAUAGAACAUUCGUUGUUGUGAAUAGUACAGGCAUAUUUACUCUUGAAAAUUUCUUUGUGAAAUUAUAGCCCUUUAUACUCACUCGGCUAUUUUGGAAAGGAAAUUAAUGAACCUUGGGACACGACGAUGUGAAAUUGUGCAUCGUAAAUUAAUUAUACAUGUAUCUCUUAGACCCAUUGUUGCAAAGUAAUUUCCGCUGAAAGGCACAAAACGUAUCACAUUGAUAACUUUUGCCGAUGUAUUUAAUAUUUGGUUACAUCAAAAUUGAAGCUUUAGGGCUUAUAAUCCGUGUUGGCUUUCAAAUAAAGAUAUUGAGUGAA